AUGUCUAUGCUGCGAACCUCGGCCCUGCGGUCUGCUAGACUCGCCUCAACCCCCCUCCGUGCCGCGACUGCGGUCGUCUCACAAUCCCGUAGCGCUUCGCAUGCGGUCUCCAAUGUCACCCUCGCCGAUAUCGAGAAGCGGUGGGAAUCGAUGCCGCCAAGUGAGCAGGCAGACCUGUGGAUGAGCCUUCGUGACCGCAUGAAGGAGCCAUGGAGCAACCUGACAGUGCAGGAGAAGAAAGCUUCAUACUGGGUCGCUUUCGGGCCUCACGGACCCCGCGCCGUCCCCCCCGCCGGCGAGAACAAGAAGAUUGUUCUGUACACUCUGUUCGGUCUCGGAGCGUCAUUCAUGCUCUUCUACUUAACCCGCAUUCUGGCCCGCCCGCCACCAAAGACCCUUAACCGCGAAUGGGAGGAGGCAUCUAACGAGUUUCUGAAGGCGCAAAACGUCGAGCCUAUCACUGGUGUCUCGAGCGAGGGAUACACUGGAAAGGGACAGGUCCAGUCAAAGUAA